AUGGAGGACUCUUUCGACGUCCUCAGCUUCGACGACGAGUAUUCCCACCUCUACCAGGAGCCGCUGGCGACUGAUGAAUAUGCCCAAGAAGAGACGCCACUUGACCCGAUAGACGGCGAUUCAUGCACCGACCUUUAUGACCUGCAGAGUCGCGGCGAUACCCUCGCAGGUUAUCCCGGCCUGGGGUCAGCAGGUGGGACAGAUGCCCCGGCCGAGCGUAAAUUCUAUCCCAGACACAAGCCAACUUCCAAGGGUUAUUCCCGCCCGCCCAGCACGACGUCACCGGCCCCGCCGCCCGGUGCGCCGCCGCGCGUGGUCACCGUGGACUUCAAGUGCCUCUCGCCGUCUAAUCUGGCCGAGAUGGUGCGUGCCGACACCCUGGCUCUCUCUUCCACGCUGGCCAUCGACGAGGACAUCGCUCUGUUGCUGCUGCUCUGCACUCCCAAUGCCACCUGGCAGAGGGACAAGAUUCUGGAAAAGUACUUCGACUCCUCGGAGUCGCUGGUGAAGCAGCUGAAUCUCGACACCGCCGACACGCUGCCUGAGAUCGAGUAUUUCAACUCGCCAAGUAAUCCCAACGAGCAGCUGUGUGACAUUUGUGCGGACUACCCCUCGGGCCCCUUUCUUAAAAUGAUGCCCUGCCAGCAUACAUAUUGCCUGAACAACUGCUGGAAGGCGUAUCUCCGUGGCCAUAUUUCCUCCGGCCUGGCGGUCAUCUCGUGCAUGGCCUGCUCGCAUAAGAUGUCAGCCUCGACCAUUCGCCUGAUCUGCGACGCCGAGGAUUGGGAAAACUACGUGCACAACAUGGUCCGGACGUACUUGAUCGCCAACAGGCGGACCAUUCGGCCCUGCCCCACGCCCGAUUGUACCCAGGUUUUUCGUUGGUCAUUGGCCAGCAACAACUUGGAGAUGGACAGCAGCGUGCCGAUCGUCGCCUGCAAUCGCUGCCACAAGUCCAUGUGCUUCUACUGCUCCAUUGAGGGUGACCACCGACCGACCCCCUGCAUACUGGCCCAAAAGUGGAAGGACCAAUACCAAGAGGACUCCGGCAGUGCUUUGUGGAUUGCCACCAACACGCGCGAAUGUCCCAAGUGUCAUGCCUCCAUCGAAAAGUUUGGCGGCUGUAAUCACAUCAGCUGCAAGUCCUGCCACCACGACUUCUGUUGGGUAUGCUUCAUGCCCUGGUCCUUGCAUUCGCACGCAUACGCCUGCAAUCGGUACAAUGGCUUGGAUGCCGGGAACAAAAACAGCCAAUCCCGCUCGCGUGUGGCGCUGGACAGAUACGUCCAUUACUUCACCCGGUACAGCAACCAUCGAAAUAGCGCGCGCAUGGAACGCAAGACCGCUUUCAGCUAUGUGCACACACGCAUGGCCCGGCUGCAGGCUCGUGCAGAUUACACAUGGAUCGAGGUGCAAUUCCUGCUGGACGCCGCGCACAUGCUGCUCAGCUGUCGCGACACCCUGGCCUGGUCGUAUGCCUUCGCGCACUAUCUCGACCCACAGAGCAACUAUACGUUGAUCUUUGAGUCGAACCAGCGCGACUUGGAGUAUGCCGUUGAGUCCCUCAGCCGGCUGCUGGAAUACCGCGACGCCACGGCCUAUGAGAUGCCCGUUGGGGUCGGCAGCGGUGGCGGCGGCAGUAGCAGCAGCAGCAGCAGCGGCAGCAACAGCACCAGCGGUGUAUUGAGCGGUGGUGGCAAUGCCAGCGGCGGCGGGUCACUUCCCCGUGGCAAUCCCCGACCUGGGGCCCCCACCUCCGACAAGGAGACCAAGGCCAAUGGCGGCUUGGAGAGCGCGACCCCUUCAGCCAUGUCCCCUGGCCUGAAGACGGGCAACAGCGACACUCUAAUGCCGACCGCCGAGGAAGCCAACCCGCCAGCCGGCCAUGCAGCCGGCGUCCAAAAGCCCAGUGCACGCGAUAGCGACCUCCCAUCUGGGACAAGCCAUCCCGGGAAGGCGGCUGCCCCGGAGCAAGAUCACCCGGUCGAGGGUCCAUCCAGUAAUCGCCAUGCCCGCACCAAUUCCACAAGCAGCAGGGUGUUGGAGAUGCGUGCCCAGCCUUCCCCGCGGCUGCUGGCCGUCGGCUCGGGUCACCAUAUGCCCCACGGUUUGGGCGGAGGGCCGGUGCCUGGCCAGACGGAUUCCGGUGAUCCUUGCGACGGUACCCUUGGCGGAUCGGACAGCAGUGACUCCGGCUGGGGCACCGGCCCCGCAAAUCCCACGAGCCGUGCCGAUGCUUCGAGCGUCUCCCCUUCCCAGCUGAUGGCUGCCUACAAGAGCGACCUUCAACGGGACCUCCAAAAAAAGAGUGCCCAAACCCUGAGCAACUCCUUGACCCCCGGGGGAGCGGCCUACUCACCAGCAAGCUCCUCGAGCGGACCGACGACUUCCACUUCGGUGGCUUCAUCCCUGGCCUCGCUGACGUCCUUCCGGAGCGUCACCGAUGCCGGCCUCGGCGCCUCGAGUGGCCCUCACUCGGCGUCAGCCUCCUCCGAGACGAUUUCCCUCCCGGGGAAUGGCCUCGCCGGCGGUGUUGCCAACAGCGGCAGCGGCAGCGGUGUCAACAUCAGCACCGGGGGGGACGUGCUGAAUGUGGGAUUGGCCGCGGUCGCUGAUGGCCUCUCCAGCAUGGGCGCCGUCAUUCCGGUUGCCAACGCAGCCGGCAUGGCAGCCGGCACCACCACUGUCACCGCCGCCGCCGCCGUUCGGGCCAUGAAGUCCAGCGCCAGCAGCGACGUCCUAGAUGCCGAUGGCCGGUUCAGCCAGUACAGCCAUCUGCUGAACUCCGGGUCGGCCUCCUUCGAGGAGGAUUUCUCCGACGUCGGAUACAUGCGCCGCUUGCGGCAGAUGGUCAUCGAUCGCACGAUGUUCGUCAAGUCCCGCCGGGCCAUCCUCCUGGAAGAUGUGGCCUCCGGCUUGGCCGAGAACCGGUGGGUGUUCCUUGAUGAGUCGGAGCUGGUGGAGGGGGUCAGUCCUGGCCACCUUGGGACCUGA